GUGGUUGGCUGGUCUCUGGGCAUGCGCAGUGGCCGCCUGGGGUUGGCGGCGCCCUAGAGUCGCCUAGUGGAAGGGCAAAAAAGCCGGGACCAUGUCGGCCCAGGGCGACUGUGAGUUUCUGGUGCAGCGAGCCCGGGAACUAGUGCCCCAGGACCUGUGGGCAGCCAAGGCAUGGCUGAUCACCGCCCGCAGCCUCUACCCGGCCGACUUCAACAUCCAGUAUGAAAUGUACACCAUCGAACGGAAUGCCGAGAGGACUGCCACCGCAGGGAGGUUGCUGUAUGACAUGUUUGUGAAUUUCCCGGACCAGCCAGUGGUAUGGAGAGAAAUCAGCAUCAUAACGUCAGCGUUGAGGAACGACUCACAAGAUAAGCAGACCCAGUUCUUACGGAGUUUAUUUGAAACCCUUCCCGGUCGAGUCCAGUGUGAAAUGUUGUUGAAGGUGACAGAGCAAUGCUUCAACACGCUGGAACGAUCAGAAAUGUUGCUGCUGCUGCUGAGGCGUUUCCCUGAGACGGUGGUGCAACACGGGGUUGGCCUCGGGGAGGCCCUGCUGGAAGCUGAAACCAUUGAAGAACAAGAAUCUCCUGUUAACUGCUUUAGAAAGCUAUUUGUCUGUGAUGUCCUUCCUCUAAUAAUCAACAACCAUGAUGUCCGCUUGCCCGCCAAUCUCCUAUAUAAAUACUUGAACAAAGCAGCUGAAUUUUACAUCAACUAUGUAACUCGGUCCACACAGUCGGAAAAUCAGCAUCAAGGUGCACAAGAUACAUCUGAUUUAAUGUCGCCUAGCAAACGUAGCUCUCAGAAGUACAUAAUAGAAGGACUGACUGAGAAAUCAUCCCACAUCGUAGACCCCUGGGAGAGGUUGUUUAAGAUUCUGAAUGUUGUUGGAAUGAGAUGUGAAUGGCAGAUGGAUAAAGGGAGACGAAGCUGUAGUGACAUGCUACACCGGAUGAAGGAGCUCUGCAGAUACAUGAACAGCUUCGACAGCGAAGCUCACACCAACUAUAAAAACCAAGUGCUCUACUCCACGAUGCUGGUGUUCUUCAAGAGUGCGUUCCAGUACGUCAGCAGCAUACAGCCAUCUCUCUUCCAAGGUCCUAACGCCCCAAGCCAGGUUCCACUAGUUCUUCUGGAAGAUGUAGCCAAUGUGUAUGGUGAUGUAGAAAUUGAUCGCAGUAAACACAUACACAAGAAGAGGAAGCUAGCUGAGGGAAGAGAAAAAACCAUGAGUUCAGAUGACGAAGAGUGUUCAGCGAAAGGCAGAAACCGGCACAUUGUUGUCAGUAAAGCUGACCUCAGCAACUCCAUUGAAGUACUGGAGAGCUUCAAACUGGCCAGGGAGAGCUGGGAGUUACUCUACUCUCUGGAAUUCCUUGACAAAGAAUUUACAAGAAUUUGCUUGGCUUGGAAGACAGACACCUGGCUGUGGCUAAGAAUCUUCCUCACAGAUAUGAUCAUCUACCAGGGUCAAUAUAAGAAGGCAAUAGCCAGUCUGCAUCACUUAGCAGCUCUCCAAGGAUCCCUUUCUCAGCCACAGAUCACAGGACAGGGGACUUUAGAACACCAGAGGGCGCUCAUCCAGCUGGCAACGUGUCACUUUGCUCUGGGGGAGUACAGAAUGACGUGCGAGAAAGUCCUGGAUCUGAUGUGCUACAUGGUGCUCCCCAUACAAGAUGGCGGGAAGCCACAGGAAGAGCCGUCCAAAGUAAAGCCCAAGUGUAGAAAAGGUUUGGAUCUGAAGCUUCUGCCCUGUACCAGUAAGGCUAUCAUGCCAUACUGCCUGCACUUGAUGCUGGCCUGCUUUAAGCUGAGAGCUUUUACAGACAGCAGAGACGACAUGGCGCUGGGCCAUGUGAUUGUACUGCUCCAGCAGGAGUGGCCACGGGGAGAGAACCUUUUCCUGAAAGCCAUCAGUAAGAUUUGCCAGCAAGGAAAUUUCCAGUAUGAGAACUUCUUCAGCUAUGUUACAAACAUUGAUAUGCUGGAGGAAUUUGCUUAUUUAAGAACCCAAGAAGGAGGGAAGAUUCAUCUGGAAUUACUCCCAAAUCAAGGAAUGCUGAUCAACCAUUGCAGACCUUUUGGGUGGUCCCUCCAGAUGAGUGGCAGAGAUGUUGUGAGCAGUGUACCUCUCCUCCCCUUGGGGCCUUCUAGCCCUCCCAUGGGGUUGCUGCAGCAGGAAUUCUUACCUGUGCUUCAGCCCAGCAUACAGACUGCUGACAGGCACCACACAGUCACUCGAGGCAUCACCAAAGGUGUGAAGGAGGACUUCCGCCUGGCCAUGGAGCGCCAGGUCUCCCGCUGUGGUGAGAACCUGAUGGUGGUACUACAUCGCUUCUGCAUUAAUGAGAAGAUCUUGCUCCUGCAGACUCUGACCUGAUAGACCUCCUGGCCACCAGAGGCUCAGCCAUGACAAGUGCUGCCAGACCAGGGCUGAGGAAGAAGAAAAACACCAAGUUCUAACUCCCUUAGUUGCUUAAAAGUCGAUCCGAAGAGUGUAGGAAGUUAUUUCUAUUUUUUAAGACUUCAGGUUUUUUUUUUAAUUUGUACAAAACAAGAGUCAAUCCAUUUUGUAAAUAAAAACCCGAAAGAUUUGAAGUUUAAAAAAAAAACUUAUUUUAGUUUCAAGUAGGGUACAUUUGUCUUCUAUUUUUCUAAUCAUGGCAAAGGGGCAAAAAUCCAACACAAUUGAAUGCAGGAAUGAAUUUUUUGAUAUAUUUACAUAACGGAAUAUGUCUUCCAUGACCUCAGGUGUGUUUUUAUUGAUAUGCUUUGGUAAGUAUUACACAUCAAGAUAACAUGGGACCUUUCGUUUUAUGCACAGUUGAACUUGGGCCUGUCCUUUCCCUGCUGAGAGUCCAUUGUAGGCAUGGUACUCUAUAGUCUCUGAAAAGCCAGGACAAGAAAUAUCGGGGACAGCAAAGUGCAGGGGACCCUCCUCUCUGCUGGGGCCUCUGGAAGUCAGUCUGGCUCUGUGGACUCUCCUGGGCCCUUGGGGCCGUGCAGCACUGCUUGACAGCCAUCUGGCAUCCCUGCCCUGCCCUGCUCUACCCUGCCCUGUACUUGGCUAUGUGAUCAAGGAUGCACAUGUACAAACACGGACACAGACACACACACGGCAACUAGAAUUAUGUUUUCUAGGUGCUACCAAAGACUAGGUUGUUUUGCAGAUGUUUUCUAAAAAGAACAGACAUUCUUAUUUCUUCCAAAGGUCACUCUAGUGUAUGUUCUGGGUCUUAACUUAUGGAGGCAUAGAUCUUAGGUGUAAAGGAUUUUCUUGUUAAAUCAACUGUCAUAAUUUGAAUAGUGUCACCCAAAGGUCAUUGUGUUCAAACUGGCCCUAACUUCACACUAGUUUAGUGUAUCAUACAUACAUUUAACGAUGGUUAUUUAUAGACAGUCAGUAGGGGUUUCUAUUUUUUUUUAAUUUCACUUAUUUAUUUCCUGCUUUAUGGGCCCCAGCAAGCUGGAGAAUAAACAGAAGAAAAAUAAAGUGAUUUCAUGAUUUGAGUGUUAUUGUCCAUAUUCCAUUAAUAAAACAGAGGUAAAAAGGUCACAUAGUAGUUUAUAUUUAACAGUUAUAUUUAACAGUAAAUUCCUAAUGGAUGCCAAGUUCAGAUGUGAGUGGCAUGCCAGGUCACCUUGAGCCCAGUGGAGGGCUUGCCUUUCGCCGGGAGCAGCUUUGUGGCUUGUUACCCAUGAAAAGAAAUGACUGGUGAAAACGAAAGUGCUAAUGUUUUAGCCAGAACUCCAAGUCAGCCAUCUGCCCAGAGCCUUGCUUGUCAAGGGAGACAGCGCCACACCUCCGAGAACCUGAGUUAAUGUUCUGGGCUACAGUCAACAGUCACAUGCUGUGACCUAUGGUUUGGCCAAUGUGCUCUGGAAUGCUGCUUAGGCCAGUGUGAGCAGAAAUUUUUGUUAGAAACUCAAUAUAGUGUUGACACCUUAUGGUUUUGUGUAUCUUCUUAUUAAGAUUGGAACUUGAGAUAAUACUGAAGAAUGCCUCAGUGGUUUUAAGCAAAAGUAAAGGAGGUAAGGUUUAUCUGUGUGACCUUUCCCACAGCCUGACUGCCUCCCUUCAAAUCAAGACCUGAAGUGACUUUUUACCUGGAAUAUACUUCUGUGACUCAAGACUCUGCUGGGAUGACUUUUCUGAGAACAGGAACCUGGUGUGAGGGUGCUGGGGCUGAGGUCAGUUCACCACAAAUCGGGUGAAAAUUACCUUUGAUACACUAAACUGUAGAAACAGCUGUUAGCUUCUGAAUGUCCCAUACUCUCACUGGUCAGUUAUUGGUUUACAUAAUAAAAUAAUUCUAACAUUUGUUAACUCUA